GUGGAGUUCACUUUGUUGUUGACCUGUAGAAGGAAACAGGUUAUUUGUGUGGAUGGCCACGAUUCGAGAGCCUUUCGAGGCUCCAAGGAUAAUCUGCAGUGCUGACUAUGCAGGAUCAAAGCAGCCAAUGCAUUCACUUUUAACAUACUUGAAGUAUAUGACGCACCUGAAACAGCAAUGGCUAGCAUUACACAAUUAUUUGGAGACCUUUGUGAGGCCCACAUGACGGGCCUAUCAUGGAAGUGUUAUUUGGGAAAAAGGCGGUUCAACCGAACGCAAUUCAAGGAAAAAUUAAAAAGGGUAGCCUAUGAUACACUCUUUAUAAAUCUUUUUCGUGAUGAAGCAACAUCAAAGUCUCAGUCUGAUAUCAGCAAGUUGCCUGUGAAAAACAAAAUCUUGAUGUUGUCCUUCAACUUGAGGGUGGCUGGGAUGGGUAUGGAAGCUGAUCACUUGGAGGAACUUACAGAGAAAAUAGAAAAAUCAACAUGCAUGCCGCAGACUGAUCUGAACUCUGUUCUGGAACUUCUAAUUGAACUCGCAGGGACUGGAACUUAUCAACUUCUACCACAGAAAAAGGAUUAUUUCUUGAACAAUAAAUAUGUUGGAAGAAAUGUAAAAUUUCAGGGCUAUGACCACUAUGAUGCAAGCCUGUUUGAAUCUGGGCUGUUGUCCUUAAUUUCCACUGAGGACUUGCAAUUUCAUGAUAAUGUACAGCGUACCCUUCAGUUAAUGGAUGCAAAACCUGGAACUGGAUUACCCAGUAUUGGACUGUUCUCCCAUAAUUACUUAGCUGGUGAUAAAUAUGAGAAAGAAACACGGGUAUCGCUUUUUGGUGCAUUGGUACAUAGUCGAACAUGUGAAAUGGAAAUCAAGUUGGAUUUGCCUGCAGUGCCAGAUAAUGUGGAUAUGACUGGACUUAAAAUUAGGGUUCCUCAAAGCAUUGACCAGUCAGAAGAUGAAGGAUUUCAGUCGGCAUCCAAUCUUACUCCAGAUUCACAGUCAGAGCCCAGUUCAUCUCCUGAUAUUGAUCUGUGGAGUGCAGUGCUUUCUUAUGAACCUAGCAAGUAUAGAUGUUGGGAAUUAAUAGGCUGUCCUCCAGGUAAAAAAGAAGAACCAUAUCUCACUGAAGCUGGUCGAGAAGCUUUUGAUAAAUUCUACCAAUUACGUGUAGGUCAGCUGCAGCUCAUCAGUGGUACACUGUUGCAACCAACACCAGUUAUACUCCAAAAAGAAUCUGAACUAGUCAAAGAUGUCCUGAAUGUCCUAAUUGGUGUAGCAUCAAUGACCUUCUUGCUGAAUCAGUCUCUCCAGGCAUUUGUUGUCAAGCAAGGAGUGUAUAUUUCAGGAACAUCCCCUGAAAGUAUGUAUAACCUCCUCUCUGAACUGGCUGAAUAUGGAACAUAUUACACUCGCCUUAGUCACUUCUCUCUUCAGCCUAUACUUGACUCAACAUACAACAAAGGACUCGUUUUCCAGGCUUUCACUAGUGGUUUGAGGAGAUACCUGCAAUAUUAUAGAGCUUGUGUGUUGUCAACACCUCCCUCAUUGAGCCUUUUACCAAUUGUCUUUCUGUUCAGGAAACUGGGGCGACAACUAAGAUAUUUAUCUGAAUUAUGCGGGAUUGGAUCAGGUGUGCUGGGAUUAAACCGAGGAAGUUCAUCAUCUUUCCCUACAGGAGUAAAAUUGUUGUCCUAUUUAUACAAGGAAGCUCUAAAUAACUGCAGCAAUGAGCACUAUCCAGUGUUGCUCUCUCUGUUGAAAAGCAGCUGUGAACCAUAUACACGGUUUGUCUAUGACUGGGUUUACAGUGGUAUCUGUAGAGAUGCUUAUGGAGAGUUCAUGAUACAGGUGAAUGAAGACUACCUCAAUUUCAGAGAUAAACACUACUGGACGCAUGGAUAUGUUCUCGCUUCCAAAGAAGUUGAAGAGAGUGUCCCCCUUUUCCUUGCUCACGUGGCUUAUGACAUUUACAUAUGUGGAAAGACUAUUAAUUUGUUGAAAUUGUGCUGCCCAACGCAUUAUAUCUGCUGGUCUGACAUUCCUGUUCCCCGCAUCUCUGUCACCUUUUCCCUGGAGGAGUUGGAGGAAAUAGAAAGAGACUCCACUGUGUAUGUCAGUCGAAUGGAGAGAAUAGCUCAUUAUAAUUCUAUCAGCAGAGAGGCAAAGAAUCUGAGAAAGGAGAUUGCGCAACAGGAAUUGAUUGUACAAGCUCAACAAACGGCUACAAGAGCUAUGGCUACAUUUAGAAAUAAUCAAUUAGCUGAAAGGAAGGCUUUUGAUGUAAAGAAACGGGAGCAAUUUCUGGAGCUAAAGGAACAAUUUGAAAAGGACAUAGAGCGUCGAAAUGCAAUCAAACAACAAGAAACUGAAAAAGAUUUAAUGGAGGUUCAAGCGCUUAGAGAGCUUGAAGAAAGACGUAAAGCACAAGAGGAGGAAUUGGAGAAAAGGACAAGACAGCAGCUGAUUGAGCAUUAUAGCAAUUUAUCAGAGGAAGCAGCAAGGCGAGAACAGAAAGCCCUGUGGAAAAUUCAAAGGCACAAGUUAGAAUCUGCACGCAUUGAUUUUCUCCUUAACGAUCAAAAAAAACUUCAGGCAUUGCUAGAGAAGUUGCCACUGGGAGAGCAAAGAGAAAAAUCGGAUGUUAUUCCCGGAUUGGAUCUGCAGCAUCAUGAGCCAUUGAAUAAAGGUUUUGAUUCUCAAGAGUUGAGCUUUGAGGUAACACCAAAUGAAAGUAGAAUACUCGGUCCAAAAGAGAACUUACUUGCACCAGGAAAUGAAGAGGCUACAGUUGCUGUUGCACCAGCUGAGUUACUUCUAUUUCAUGAGGUGUCUGAACAGUCUACUCAAAGUGAUAUGGUAGAACCUGGACUUGAAACUUCUCUCGAUGAUGGAUUGCAGGACCUAUCCCAAACCUGUAAUCUGAACCAGAAGGAAGUGUGUUUGCUUGAUAUAACUUUUGAGGAUUUUCUCCCAAAGGAGCAAUUGCAACCUGUUGCUGCCUUUGAAACAGUUAAACAAACCUCAGUACUUGAUGAGGCCCUGAAGGAAAUAGGUUCAGAACUGUCAAAUGAGAAAAAAAAAACAGAUUUUGACAAAGAUGAAUAUGAUUUCAGUAUUUCUUCAGCAGCAUCUGGGGUUGCUGAGGACAAAGGAUCAGAAGGCAAGUACCUUUCACACAUAGAUUCUCAGUGGAAUGUUCACUCUGAUACACACAUCAAAGUGGUCGCAUCAGAUAGUAAGUCUUCAGGGCCACAUGCAAAUAUUUAUGGUCAUGUAUCGGAUUCAAAUCUAAAUAUAGGUGAAUAUACAUCCAAUAUUGAACUUGCUAGGCCACGAUGGAAUAUUCAUGGUCAUGCUUCAGAAUCUAACAUACAAGUUGGUGAGUAUCUGUCUAACGUUGAACCAUCUCGACCACGAUGGAACAUUCAUGGACAUGCAUCACAAGCCAACAUACAGGUUGGUGAAUAUGUUUCAGAUGUAGAACAAUCUUGGCCAAAAGCAAACAUUCAUGGACAUGCAUCUCAAGCCAAUAUACAAAUUGGUGAUUAUGUUUCCAGUGUGGAACCAUGUAGAUCAAGAUGGAACAUCCACGGACAUGCGCCACAACUUGGUAAAAACGUAUCCAAUACAGAACCAUCUGGACUGCAGUGGAAAAAACCUGGUAAGUCAUCACAGACCUUGCCAAGAAUUGUUGAGUCUCCUAUAUAUGACUGGACUUCUUUUGGGCAUCCUUCUCAAUCAAAUAUUAGAAUAGGUGAAUGGUCACCUUAUGUGGAAGCAAAUUUGAUCCCAAGGCAGAAAUCAGUUGCUGGUCAUCCAUCUGAUUCCACCAUUCAAGACACAAUAUACAAUAAACAAUCACUAUCAGAAAAGGUGGUGCCAGAUAAAGCUGAUGAAAAACUGAAUGCCCAAGUUGUAUGUCCCACUGUUUCCAAAGAAGAGAUAAACAUCGCUGAAGAAUCCAAAUUGAUUACAGAUCUUCCACAUCCUGAACUUGAGCUAAAUGGAAAUGAAAACAACAAAAAACAGGAUGAAUCACAAGAUACCUGUGAAAAAGACAUUACUAGCAAACAUACAGAAAAAGCAGCAUCCACGUCUCUUCAAACCACAUGCUUUCAAGAUGAGGAUAUUUGUGCCCCAGUUGGGCUUGAACAUCAAUCCAGCACCCUCAGGGGCACUUACCAAAGGGCCAUGAAGAAAGAUCCUUUUGAAUUAAAAAAGGAUUGUUUUCAAGAAAGAAGUGCACAUGGCGGAAUAUCAAAUUCACCUCCCAAAGGUCUAACGCACACAGCAGCUGACCUUUUGAGUGAUGAAGUGGGGCCUAUACAAGAAGCUAUUGAACUGUCUACAUGGGAAAAGGAACAGGCAUACCUCAAAAGCUUGGCAGAUCAAUACUGUGUUGAACACUACCAGGACAACUAUGAAUUGAUGUCUGAGCCACCCAUCUCACAUCUGCUUCAGAAUAUAGUAACUGAGCCCUGUUUACCAUCCUUGGAUCCUUCUGUUCGUAGAGCAACAGAUGCAACAGCAGUGCAAGCAAGCAGUCUCGUCUCACUUCCAGUACUGAUGAAGCAUUCCAUUACAGCACCUCUUAUAGCUCAUGCUUCUCUGGUAAAUAAAGCCAUAAUUGAUUAUUUAUUUGUGGAACUGAACAUUGAACAGAACUUUGAAGCAUUAAGACAUUUCCUUUUGAUGGAAGAUGGAGAGUUUGCUCAAUCACUUAGUGACCUGCUCUUUGAAAAGCUUGGAUCUGGACAGACACCAGGGGAACUUUUGAAUCCUUUAGUUCUCAAUUCAAUCUUGAAUAAAGCUUUGCAAUAUAGUCUUCAUGGAGACUCUAAGAUGGCCUCUAAUUUGACUUUUGCCCUCAAAUAUCUGCCAGAAAUGUUCAAGCCCAACGCACCUGAUGCCUUGAAUUGCUUGGAACUAAGAUACAAGGUGAAUUGGCCUCUCAACAUUGUGAUCACAGAAAGCUGCAUGAACAAGUACAAUAAGAUCUUUUCUUUUUUGCUGCAGCUGAAGCAUAUGGUCUGGACAUUAAAAGAUGUUUGGUUUCAUUUAAAACGUACAGCUUUAGUUAACCGUUCUUCAAAUUCAGUCCAGUUGCACCAGCUUCAACUCUAUCGACAUGAAAUGCAGCAUUUUGUCAAAGUCAUUCAAGGUUAUAUUGCUAAUCAAAUUUUGCACGUUACGUGGUGUGAAUUUGGACACAAACUGUCAUCAGUUGGAAAUCUGGAUGAACUCCACAGAACACAUGCAGAAUAUCUCAACAAGGGCAUUUUCAGAGGGUUAUUGACUGAGAAAGCUGCUCCAGUGAUGAAUAUCAUUCACAAUAUUUUCAGCCUGAUUCUGAAAUUCCGCAGUCAAUUAAUCUCACAGGCCUGGCAAUAUGAUGCUGAUAAGCAAAUGGCAAAACAUCCCAAUUUUGCCAUGAUGCAGCAAUCUUACAAAACAUUCAAACAUUAUUCACACUUCCUUUUUAAAGUGGUCACCAAACUUGUCAAUCGGGGCUAUCAGCCACACCUUGAGGACUUCCUGCUGAGAAUUAACUUCAAUAAUUAUUAUCUAGAUGUUUAACUUUUAAAUUGCUCCCAAGAGUUACAGCUGGUGUGCUACUGAAAAUGAUAAAUUAAAUCAUCAGAUUUCAAUAUUUAACAAUUUUUAAACAUUAUGCAUCUAAGUAUUUGUCCAUGUACAUAUUUGUAUAUCUAUGUGAUAUAUAAACAUCUGUGUUGUGGAACAUUUAUGCUACAGUUAUACAAAUUUAAGGAGGGUUGUGAUGACACAAACUAGCAUUUGUCACAUUCUGCAGGGGGAAUUAGCAUGUCAUCUGGUUUACCAACCUACCAUAUUUAUAAUUAAAAUAAUGUUUUUAAAGCUGUAUAUCUUAAUGCACACUUGUUUUUAACUGUGUCUUACUGAAUUUUCUUUCAAUAAAAAAAAGUAUCACAAUGCUAUUACCAAUUAGUACUCGCUUCCUACCAGUUUUAAAUGUACUGGAUCAUGCAAAACACUUGUUUACAAAAGGCAGAACUGGUGCUGGUAAUCUUUAUCAUUCUUUUUACAAAAAUUAGUGAGCAAUCAGCGUAUGGACAGAUCAAAGGCAAGUUAUUGUCUUUGUAGAAUCUUGUAAUUCAAUUACAAAGAAUCUGAAUUCUUCAUUGUUUAAAUAUGCUCUGUUUCUAUAUUCUAAUGGGAAUUUGAUCAGUUCAUAUCAUGGUAUAAGUAUUGAGUGUUCCUGUUUUUAAAGUGUUAACUGCUAGUAAAGGGACAAGGAGUUUACAGAAGCAACCACUGGUGAUUCAUUCUGACUUGUUCGGGGAAUCUUGCUUG